GGGGAGGGAGGGGGAAGAAAACAUGGAGGACUCUACUGGCAGUAAUCCCCAAUCACCCGGUUUCACUGACAAGUUAAAGUCGUGGCUCUCGUGGUCGUGGACGUACGUGUGCUUCGUGUGGUUCGGCAUGGUGCUCAUUAUGAUCUACGUGCUAUGGAGCCCGCUCAAACUGCAGGACAGCUUCACAUCGGCGUCGCUGUUUUUGAAUACACUGACACCCAAGUUCUACGUGGCUCUCACUGGGACCUCUUCCCUCAUCUCUGGACUCAUCCUUAUAUUUGAGUGGUGGUACUUCCGGAAGUACGGCACGUCCUUCAUCGAGCAGGUCUCUGUGAGCCACCUGCGCCCCCUCCUCGGCGGAGUGGAGAGCAGCUCAGCUACUGGCCUCUUCUCGUCUGUCAACGGGGAGGCCGAGCCUAGACCCAGCGUGUCAGAGUGUAAAGUCUGGAGGAAUCCUUUGAACCUUUUCCGAGGAGCAGAAUACAACAGGUACACAUGGGUGACGGGAAAAGAACCACUGACGUACUACGACAUGAACUUGUCGGCUCAAGACCAUCAGACCUUUUUCACAGGAGAAACGCAGCAGUUCAGGCCUGAGGAUUCGGUCAUGCAGAAGGCCUGGAGGGAGAGAAAUCCUCAAGCUAGGAUUAGAGCAGCUUACCAGGCCAUAGAGUUGAACCACGAAUGUGCCGCAGCGUACGUGCUCCUCGCCGAGGAAGAAGCCACAACAAUCACGGAAGCUGAGCGCCUCUUUAAAAAAGCUUUGAGCAUCGCGGGUAAAGACAUCAACCUGCUUGUUUACAUUAAGCGCAGAUUGGCCAUGUGCGCGCGCAAGCUUGGACGCAUUAAAGAAGCCGUGAAAAUGAUGAGAGACUUAAUGAAAGAGUUCCCGUUGUUAGGGAUGUUAAAUAUACACGAAAACCUCCUGGAGGCGCUUCUUGAGCUGCAGGCGUACGCCGAUGUCCAGGCUGUCCUCGCCAAAUACGACGACAUCAGCCUCCCGAAAUCGGCCACCAUAUGCUACACAUCUGCCCUGCUGAAAGCGCGGGCUGUUUCAGAUAAGUUCUCCCCAGAGGCAGCGUCACGGCGGGGGCUCAGUACUGCCGAGAUGAACGCCGUGGAGGCCAUUCACAGAGCCGUGGAGUUCAAUCCCCACGUGCCCAAGAACGGGUUUUUUUUCUGCAGAUGUGCCGCAGCGUACGUGCUCCUCGCCGAGGAAGAAGCCACAACAAUCACGGAAGCUGAGCGCCUCUUUAAAAAAGCUUUGAGCAUCGCGGGUAAAGACAUCAACCUGCUUGUUUACAUUAAGCGCAGAUUGGCCAUGUGCGCGCGCAAGCUUGGACGCAUUAAAGAAGCCGUGAAAAUGAUGAGAGACUUAAUGAAAGAGUUCCCGUUGUUAGGGAUGUUAAAUAUACACGAAAACCUCCUGGAGGCGCUUCUUGAGCUGCAGGCGUACGCCGAUGUCCAGGCUGUCCUCGCCAAAUACGACGACAUCAGCCUCCCGAAAUCGGCCACCAUAUGCUACACAUCUGCCCUGCUGAAAGCGCGGGCUGUUUCAGAUAAGUUCUCCCCAGAGGCAGCGUCACGGCGGGGGCUCAGUACUGCCGAGAUGAACGCCGUGGAGGCCAUUCACAGAGCCGUGGAGUUCAAUCCCCACGUGCCCAAGUACUUAUUAGAAAUGAAGAGCCUGAUCCUGCCGCCAGAGCACAUCCUGAAGAGGGGUGACAGCGAGGCGGUGGCGUACGCGUUCUUCCAUCUGCAGCACUGGAAGAGGGCCGAAGGCGCCUUAAACCUUCUCCACUGUACAUGGGAGGGCACUUUCCGGAUAAUUCCCUACCCACUGGAGAAGGGUCACCUGUUCUACCCGUACCCAGGAUGCACAGAAACGGCAGAUCGGGAGCUGUUACCAUCAUUCCAUGAGGUGUCGGUGUACCCAAAGAAAGAGCUUCCUUUCUUCAUCCUCUUCACCGCCGGCCUUUGCUCCUUCACCGCCAUGCUGGCCAUGCUCACACAUCAGUUCCCCGAGCUCAUGGGCGUCUUCGCCAAAGCAUUUUUCAGCACACUCUUCGCACCACUGGGAUUCUUCGCGGACAAGAUGGAAAGCUUCAUGCCGUCCAGUUUUUGGCAUCAACUGACUCGGAUCUGACCCCGACACAAACACGCACACAGUGGGAAAAACAAAGUUGUUCUCCUGUCCUCAGCAUUACUAUCUACUUGUUGCUUUUGUUACUGAUUAUAUUGGCCUGGGUCGUAUCAACAAAGCAGUCAGUACCACUCUUUAAGACGCUCGCUCUUCCAGCUGCCUGCAGCGUGUCCAAGAAUUCGACAUUUACAUUUAUUUGUCAUGAGGGGAAUUUGAAAUGGGUUUUUUUAGCCGGUGGUAGAAUAACAAGCCGUUGUAUACAGUACUAUGUUAUGUGUAGCCACAAAUGGCCGUUAUCCGUUUGCCACAGCAUUUAAUGGUGUUAUCCUCAGUAGGGGAAGGGUAUGAGUAUUAAUAAUAAUAAUAUCACACUACAGCAAAUACAACCCAUUAUUGAUUUAUUGUUGUAUUGUACUGAUGUAUGACUGAAUUUCUUUAAAUAGUGCCCCAAUGGGUUGUCAGCCGCUAAAACAAAUAAACAUCGGUUCCCUCAGGAAAAACAACAGAUUGCUGUAAUUUAGGGCUGUCACGAACAAACCUCUUUAGAUUUGACUAUCCUAUUAAUUAUGCCCUUGAUUACUUGAGUAAUCAUACCCCCACCCCCCUCCCCCUAACACACACACACACACACACACACACACACACACUGGCCUAAAAAAUGUUCUA